GUUUCCUGCUCUAUAAAUCAUUAUACCAAUAAUAAAUAACUUUGCAAAUCGAAUAUAAUAUAAAUUGAAUAUUUCCUCAAGCACUUUUAAGGACUUUUGAUCAUCCUGACUCAACUGCUCUCGUAUACAACCAAACAAUGUUAUGACUGUUCACUACACCGAAGGAGAGCAUUUUGUAAGCUCCAGGCAUCUAUUUCUAUGGCCUUUGGCUGAGGUUUAUUUUCGAGAAGCCGAAAAAACUCUACAGCACAAUGGAGUUACAAGAGCUUUUAGUGAUUUACUGACAGGUGGUCUCCGUUGUCUUUAUGCGGUUUUACUGGAUAGCACUGUUGAACCACGAGUUGAACUAUUUACUAGAAAGCGUAUAUGCGAACUUUUGUUGCACCAUACACAAGAAUAUGCUGAUGCUGAGGCUAUAUUAAAUCGAGCCAUGCUAAUUGCGAAGCAACACAAUUUCGUCGAAGAGAAAUUCAGCUUACAACUUCUGUUAGCGCGUAUCUUUUGUAAAACCUCACCAAGGGCUGCGAAAGUUUUAUUACUUCGUUGUAUCAAAGAGGCAGAAGAGUAUGCAAAAGUAAUGGAAAUGUAUGGCACACAAGGUGUUGCCAAUGCUCAUAAAUGGGUAUAUGAAUUUUAUCUCUGUUCCUCGUCUUUUCAAAGUGUCCAGCAACUUUCUAAAAACAUAUAUAAUUAUGCCAAUGAUCAUAAUCAUCAAGAAAUGGCUCUUUUGGCAUUGAUAUUGAAUCAAGAUUUACCAAUGGAAGAAAUUCCAACACGAACACAUCAAUUAGCUGUCCUUGUUUUGAUAACACAGAUUGUGAAAUGUAUAAAUGAAGGAAAGAUUUUGAAAUCUAGAGAAAAGUUGAAUACUGUACAUAUGCUUCUGGAAUCUGAUACUCUAAAAUGGGGAUCAUCUCACAUUGACUUUACGAUAGACGGAGAAACCUCGAUAUAUCUGAGAUGGCUUUCCAUCAAUCAAAUUUAUAUUCUCGCUUAUUUAAUUUCUGGAGUCUGCUACUUACCGGAAACUAGUUCGGGACGUGCCAGUCGAUUUCUUCAAGAAGGAUUACGCAUUUCAGGAGAUUUUGUACCUCAUGAAACCUCAGUGAACAGAUAUUUUGAAACGGAUCAAUGGUUUGAUUCUAUUAUUGAUAAUCUUAAGUGUUAUCUGGUAGCGGCACAUUUGAGCCGUUCAAAAUUUUCGAAAGCCGAGAAAAUAUUAUUUUCAAGCGCGGUUGAGCAAAACGACUUUCGAAAUUUAUUACACGGUAUGCUUAAGCAUAAAAAAGGAAAAUUUGAAGAAGCCGAAUCUAUUUACAGAUUAAUUAUUAAAAAGCCUGAUACUCCCAAAGAGAUUUUCAUUUUGUCUACGCUCAAUUUGGUCAACUUGUUACAAGAUAGUACUGAAGCUAGCCACUCUUUAGAAUGGAUAGAAAAAUCUUGCAAGGAACAGAAAAAUCUAAUCUAUACUCUGUGGUGGAUGAUCCUAAAAAUAUCUCGAGAAAACGCUCAUGUUCAAAAAACAAACAGCUUGUUGAAGCUUACCCAGCAUUCAAUAGACCUUUCGAAUACUCAGUUGCAGUACAUUGUAUUUACAGAGUUGUGUACACGUUUAGGAAAUAUUGAGCAAGCUGAGAAAAUGGCUAGCUCAGCACUCACUUUAGCCAAAAAAAGUAAAGAUGACAUUUGGUCUUUCUUUUCUGGAACAAAGUUAGAACUACUAUAUCAAGAUAUUCACGAUUUUGAAAAGUUGACACGUCAAAAAGAAGAGAAUACGAAUAUGUGGAAAGAGAUUCAAAAUUUCUUUUCUUAAAUUUACGGGUAAAACAUAGAGGAUUGUUGGUAUCCAAAAGUUCGAUACUGAAGCUAAAGUUAUGUAAAAUAAAUCAUUAAAUAUACAGAAUAAACAUAUCCAAAUCUCCAGA